GCAAAACAGCUUCGUGCCAAUAAACGGGAAGAGAUGUUACAAGAGAAAAGAAGGAUUGGAAAGCUUGACAGUCCACCUCAAGCUGUGGUGUGUAAUUCAUUUAAAUACAGUAAUAGAUUGAAUUAUCUUUCUUGUCAUGUUUAAUAAUUGCCAAACCUAGAGCACCUUCUAUAAAAGAAUGGAAAGAUUUGUAUAUGUUGCAUUUAAUUUUUCUCAAUUUAAUAUUUUUAUGUUUGUAUGGAAUUGAAAUCUUAUCAAUCAUUUCAUACAUUCUGUACGUAUUGUGUAUAUUAAGGAGCUUAAAAGUUGUAGAAUAACAUAAAUGAUUCAAAACAAAGCCGGUUUCUGAUUGCUGCUGUACAUUAACUAAAGUUUUAUUCUUAAAAAGUUCUUCAAGCUGGAAAUAAUUUUUAAGUUAAGUUAAGUUCAGUUGAGUUAGGUUGAAACUUAAAAUAAGGUGUAAAAUUUAUUAUUUGGACAUUUAAUAUUAAGAUACUAUUGCGUUUAUUGUGUAUUGUUUCUGAUGAUCGUCAUGCAAAAUACAUGAACAGCUAGUUCCAAUAUUGCAGCACUAAUUUAUUCAUGGUAAGGUCAGGAACUUAACCAGGAUUUGCAAUCUACAGUAUGCGUCCAAAAUUUCUUGACCAGGUCUGCCCCCCCCCCGCUUCUAAAAACGUAAUUUGUAGCAGUAGAAAGAACACAAGACCAAACAGCUUGGUUGACCUCAAUAACAUCAACCCCGAAGUUAUUCUUGAUAUUAGUUUAAAAUACUAAAUAUUUCAAAGACAUAGGCUUGUUUGCUUCUGGAUGUAAGUGCAGGGAUGUGUGCUGUGCUGUGCUGUUGAAUGAAUAUGCUAUAGCAAAAUUUAAGCUUGUACGGUUGUAGUAAUUACUACAGACAAAAUACUGGAGUUUUAACAUUUUUCCAAUUUUGCCCAUCCACAAUCACAAGUACCUGUCCAAAAGAUGGGUGGACAGGUCUCUGGGUAAGGUGUUAUUUCUCAUCACUAAGUAGCACCAAAGUCGCCUAUCGUAAUUGCACAGAAUUGUAGCCUAAGUACUAGCUAAAUCACUUCAUAUGUGUGCACAAACUUGAAGAAUUUCUAAUUUAUAUAUGUAAAUAAACUCUUUCAUUCUGAAUGUAAAUUCAAUUUAAAUUAUGCGAUAAAAAGUUUACAUACCUUUUAGGUGUUCAGCUCUUUAGUUUUUACUCUACAUUUCCCUUUACAAGUUACUGUAUGUAAAUACCCAACUGUAGAGAUGAUAUUUUCGAAAAGAUGCUUAUUUUAGGGUGUGUGUUUCUCCAGUGAAUUUUGUGGCUAUUUUUAACAUGCUUUAGUGUGUAAUUCCUUUGUCAUCAUCCUGUGACGUAAAUGGACUGUUUGAAAAUUUGUCUAACAGCAACGAGGACAAUGUUGUAACAUUAACAGCGAAGUCUAAAUUACUAAGGUAACGAGAACCUAACUUCUUGGACUGUGAACUGUGAGUUCCAUUUCUGUGAUAAUAAUAUACAUGAAAUUCUCAAUUAUGAUUGGCUAAGAGCAGUGCAAUUUUUUCGAAGUAAUUUACAGUGCCAAAAAUGAAAUACACUGCAAAAAAGUGAAAUACAGUGCAAAAAGUGAAAAUAAUACAAAAAACCCAAACAUUACGAGUGACAAAAAUUGUUUAUAUUAAAAUUAUCUAUUUCGCAUGUGACCUACGUAUGGACAUGACUGCGGUCACUGCAUGUUUUUUUCAAGUAUAUUAUUAAUAACUAAAAGUAAUAGUAUAUACAGUUUCCCGUGGAAUUUGGAAAAACAUACACUCGUGACUUUUCAGAGACUUCAAAAUGCACUCGUCUUUGAUUUUGAUCGUCUUGGAAAAACUCACUCGCGCAUGUCUUUCCCAAAUUGCACUCGAAACCAUACUAUUACCUAUAUUAACAAUGGACCAUUUGCGUAAUAGACUAAAUUUUGAUCUAAACAAGUCUAGACAAAAAUUUCAUCACAGCUUGAAAGAGCAUCACAAAAUUAGUAAUAUUCCAAAGUUUCGUUGCGAAAUGUUGUAAAAUGCGGAUAAUAUAUAGCCUUGCGAAGUUUGCAAUUUUCAGUCAUUUUAGAUUACAAACGGGAAAUUGACAGCCCCAAAGGGUAUUGGGCUGUCAAUUUCCCAUUUGUAAUACAAAAUGACUGAAAAUUGCAAAUUUCGCAAGGCUAUAUUAUCUGCAUUUUACAACAUUUCGCAACGAAACAUUGGAAUAUUACUAAUUUUGUGAUGCUCUUUCAAGCUGUGAUGAAAUUUUUGUCUAGAUCAGAAUUUAGUCUAUUACGCAAAUGGUCAAAGUCAUCACCGAUGGGAGUUGCAACUUUCGCUCGCAAUUUGAACACCAACUCUCGUCAACUCUCAUGCACUCCCAUCAACCUUGAAUUGGUUCAAAUGUUAACAAGAUUUUAUGAGUCGGAGUUUAUGCGCAGUAAUAUCCAGCCAGCUUUCAUCAAUUCACACAAACUCUUGUUCUUGUUUAACUGGAGCAUGAGAGUUGAGAAAAUCUCAUUCAAACACAUGCCUGCUAACUCGCAUCAACUCUCAUCCUCGUUUGACUUGUAACAGUAGGUCCUCUGUAUGCAGAAAAUAGUCGAGAACGAUGCGUGAGUGAAAUGCAUGGAGUACAAUCGGAUUUGUAGGACAAAUCGUCCAAACAAUCCAUGCCUCGCAGCUGGAAAAGGACAAUAAUGCAAUUGUCUUUUGAACUCAUCUUUUGCUUUUUUCCAAACAUACAGUAGCUGUUAUAGCAACUUCCCACUCUUCUAAAGAUAGGUACUAUAUCAUCUAAGACUAUCUUUUAUAAUAACAAGGGAAGAGUACAGUAGAAUUUAUGUAGCUACAGUACUGUAUAUGUCCAAUGCAAGUUAGCUGUCUCAUUCAGUAUUCUGUUUCUUAAAUAUGUAGUUGCCCGCACAUGAAGCAGUGGUUUUCAUUCUAUUUGCCGAAAUAUGGUGAUCUGUACGAAAUUCUUGAUGCAGCAAAG